AGCUAGGGGGGGAACAAAGGAGUGAGAAUAUUAGCGUAGUAUAUUGUAGAGAGAGAAAUUAAACAGGAGAGAGAGAGAGAGAUAAUGGAGUGUGGUGGUUCUAGUAGCACUUCAUGUUUGAUGGGGUUUGGGAGCAACAGUAAUGGACUAUGUCCUAUGAUGAUGAUGAUGCCUCCAAUGACUACCACUAAUGUGGACAACAAUACCCUACUUCUUCCUCUACCUCUACCUUCCAGCAGCAACAACAAUCAAGGUCAAAACCGUCAUAGUAGCUGCAGUACUGGUAAUUCUUCUCUCAUGCUUGAUCAAGAUCAUCACCACCACCACCACGAUAAUCACAUCAACAACAACACAAGCACAGGAGGAGGAGGAGGGUGUUAUUUCAUGGAUAACAACAACGGCAAUUCAUCCCCUUCUGUCAAGUCUAAGAUCAUUGCUCAUCCUCUUUAUCACCGUCUCUUGGCCUCCUAUGUCAAUUGCCAAAAGAUAGGAGCUCCACCUGAAGUGGUGGCAAGACUGGAGGAAGCCUGCGGGUCUGCCGCGGCGAUGGGCCGAACGGCAGGGUCCGGCAGUUUCGGGGAAGAUCCGGCGCUUGAUCAAUUCAUGGAGGCCUACUGUGAGAUGCUGACAAAGUAUGAGCAAGAACUCUCCAAACCCUUCAAAGAAGCCAUGCUUUUCCUCUCAAGGAUUGAGUGCCAGUUCAAAGCCCUCACACUAGCUUCCUCUGAUUCUGCUUGUGGUGAUGAAUUAGAUAGAACUGAAUCACCCGAGGAAGAGGCUGACAUGAAUAACAAUAUGAUUGAUCCUCAAGCAGAAGAUAAGGAAUUGAAAGGUCAGCUUUUGCGCAAGUACAGCGGAUAUUUAGGCAGUCUCAAGCAGGAGUUCAUGAAGAAGCGAAAGAAAGGAAAGCUGCCUAAAGAAGCCAGGCAACAAUUGCUGGAUUGGUGGAGCAGACAUUACAAAUGGCCCUACCCAUCGGAAUCACAGAAGCUGGCAUUAGCGGAAUCCACUGGGCUGGAUCAGAAGCAAAUCAACAACUGGUUCAUAAAUCAAAGAAAGCGACACUGGAAGCCUUCUGAGGAUAUGCAGUUUAUGGGGAUGGAUGUUACACAUCCUCACUAUUACAUGGAUAAUUUUAUGGGCGAUCCUUUUCCUAUGGAUAUCUCGCCUGCACUCCUCUGA